CACCUGGGCCCGGGUGAGGGAAAAUAAAACUCUGCAGUGCAACAAAGGCUGAACCACAGGCAGCGAAUCUCACUGAGAGGAGAAUGGCCUCGAACAGAAUUGGUCCUGAGCCCAAACCCGGAGACUUGAUUGAGAUUUUCUGCGGUGUUUAUGAGCACUGGGCCGUGUAUGUGGGAGAUGGCUACGUGGUCCAUGUGACUGACGUUGAUGGUGGGCCUUCAGGAGUGAAUUGGUUGGGGUUUCCAUCGGGCUCGAGACCCCGAGCUGUGGUGAAGAAGGACCUGCUGUCCAAGGUGGCCGCGGGGUGCCGGUACCAGGUCAAUAACAAACACGAUGAAGCGAUUGGGGCACGGCCUGCUGCGGAGAUCGUCCGAAGGGCCUUGGCACGGGUGGGGGAGCAGAGGAACUACAGCCUCAUCCAUGAGAACUGCGAGCACUUCGCCACGGAGAUGCGCUACAGAAUUGCCCGCUCUGAUCAGGCUGAUGAUCCCUUUCAGGCGCUGGUAGAUAGGAUUGGUGUGGGAAUCAACGAUGUUCGAGGGACUACUACAAGGGAAACGCAAAGAGGGGACUCUCAGCCAACUCAAGCCCGGCGUACCGUCCGCAGGAACGUCCCCACGGACCAAUGCCCAGGCCGCACUCUCUAUCCCUGGUUCCGGCACACAGAGCUUUAA